AAAGCCCCAAUCCCAUCCAGGUUGAUCUCUUCUGUAUCAAACCAUUCCUUCCUUUCCUUUCCUUUCCUCUGCAUACCUCUCUCUUCACCAUAGUCUUUCUUUCCCCUUCUUAGCUGGUUCUAAACACUUCACCAUGAAGUACUCUACUAUCUUCAGCGCUGCUGCCGCUGUUUUCGCUGGUUCCGCCGCUGCCGUCGGCGUGUCCGGCUCUGCUGAGGGUUUCGCCAAGGGCGUCACCGGUGGUGGCAGUGCCACCCCCGUCUACCCCGACACUAUCGAUGAGCUGGUCUCCUACCUUGGGGACGAUGAGGCCCGCGUCAUUGUCCUGACCAAGACCUUCGACUUCACCGACAGCGAAGGUACCACCACUGGCACUGGUUGCGCUCCCUGGGGUACCGCUUCCGCUUGCCAGGUUGCUAUUGACCAGGACGACUGGUGCGAGAACUACGAGCCCGAUGCUCCCUCUGUCAGCGUUGAAUACUACAACGCUGGUAUCCUCGGUAUCACCGUCACCUCCAACAAGUCCCUCAUCGGUGAGGGCUCCUCUGGUGCCAUCAAGGGCAAGGGUCUCCGCAUUGUCAGCGGUGCUGAGAACAUCAUCAUCCAGAACAUCGCCGUUACCGACAUCAACGCCAAGUACGUCUGGGGUGGUGAUGCUAUUACUCUUGAUGACUGCGACCUGGUCUGGAUCGACCACGUUACUACCGCCCGCAUUGGUCGCCAGCACUACGUCCUCGGAACCAGCGCCGACAACCGCGUCUCUCUCACCAACAACUACAUUGACGGUGUCUCCGACUACUCCGCCACCUGCGAUGGCUACCACUACUGGGCCAUCUACCUCGACGGUGAUGCCGACUUGGUCACCCUGAAGGGCAACUACAUCUACCACACCUCCGGCCGUUCCCCCAAGGUCCAGGACAACACUCUUCUCCACGCUGUAAACAACUACUGGUACGACAUCUCCGGCCACGCCUUCGAGAUCGGUGAGGGUGGCUACGUCUUGGCUGAGGGCAACGUUUUCCAGAACGUCGACACUGUUCUUGAGACCUAUGAGGGCGAGGCCUUCACCGUCCCCUCCACCACCGCCGGUGAAGUCUGCUCCACCUACCUUGGCCGUGACUGUGUCAUCAACGGUUUCGGCUCCUCUGGCACUUUCUCCGAGGACAGCACCUCUUUCCUCUCCGACUUCGAGGGCAAGAACAUUGCCUCUGCUUCGGCUUACACCUCUGUUGCCUCUAGCGUUGUUGCCAACGCCGGUCAGGGCAACCUGUAAAUGAGUUAACUCAUUUACACUAAAUAGCAGUGGAUGUAAUUAGGGGACGCGGUGUUGUUGAUAAGUUAUCUUUCGUGUAUCUACUUCUACUAUAAUUACUCAUGGGGAGUGUUCACGACCCUAAUGUGGUUGAUAACCAGCCAACACAAU